AUGGCGUUGAUGAGCUUCGCCUCGGUGCUCAGGGGAUAUUGGGAUGUUUCAGGAGAGGGCCGAGACCUUGGGCAGGCUUACCGAGCCGACUGGAACAGCAGUUUUGAGGAGAACUAUACCUGGAACACUUGUCAAACUGGCUACUUCUUACAGGGGCUUUCCCGAACAGGCAAACCACAGUUGCUUGAGAAUAUCGAACCUGGCUGGUGCGCGAAGCCACCGUCACACCCACACCGUUACGGCCACUGCUACGUUCAAGACAUAAGUGAUUCGUUCAACGAUAAAGGAGUCAGCGAAUGCCGAGACAUGUACUUCAUCACUGGUCUCUUCCGAGGAGGCUGCAAUGAGUUGCACUGCAUUGAGAAAAUGAUGUGCUGCAGAAUGGCGGCCGCGCCGGAGCCGCUGAAUUCUCUGCGUAGCGUCAAGACAAAAGUAAUGGAGGACACCGUGUAUGACGUGUCACGUCUGGCUGACCAUCUCGGCUACGUCUGGUACCACGGCUCAACGGACGCCACAGUCGGGGAAGACUUCCGCCGAGUUGGGGACACCUGGUCCUUCGAUAGCGGAGAUCGCCGGUUCAACAUGAGCUAUGACAACUGGAGGUUGACUCUUAAAAGCAUUUCUUACGGCGAGCCUGAGCUACAGAAGCUUCCCCCGGGGACCAUAGGUAGUGGCCUAGUGAGGAACACGUUGUCUGUCCCCAUCCAGCACAGGGUACAGCGCGUCAAUGAAGUGGUGCGGUCAGUGACCCAUAUUCCGACAUCCGAAUGGACAAACCCGGAGGAGUUGAAUGUCAAGAUUGGCUACAUCCCCGAGGGGUUGCCAGCCAGCAGUAGCUACGACUUCACGUACCAGAUGUCAUCAUCCACGGAAGACUGUUCUCAGAACCAACAGAAGCAGACUUUUGUCGUGGAGUCCGUUGUGAACGUGCUUCCAGACCACGCCCUCAACUGGACGCUCACUCAGUCCAGAACUCGACGAACCGUUCAUUACAACGCAACAAUCCUUACGCACUUCUCGACAGCACUCGAAGGGUUCCUCAGACUGCGACAGGACCUAGAAGGGUCUGAAACAUCCGAGUCAUUUACCAGUUACUCAUUUGGAGACGGCACCGAGCCAUUUUGCAAGGCCUUGAAGGAACAGAGUGACAGCCACCAGGGGCCGUGGCGGUGGGCAGAGAUGAGGGCGCAGUACGGCUCGGCCCAGGCUGUGAUCAACAGCCUCAGCUCGGAGGGACGCUAUGAGUUCACGCUCACAGGCACGUUUGAAGACGUCUACAGCAACAAUGUCCAGAUAAGCUGGGACAAAAUUUCUCAUGAACAGGAAGGACAACGCUCUCUUGUGGCCACGUGA